AUGGAAAAGGAGGCUUUGUCAGCUGCUGGUCUGUAUAACCAACAUGCAGCGUUAAAGUGGAAACAAGACUUCAUCUACCUUCUUGGUGGUGACAUAACCAAAGUCAAACGCAGAAACUACUGGAAGAACUUUGCAUUUCUCAUUGUUUCACACAUAGCCAACGAAGCCGAGCUCUUUGUUGACAGUCACUUCGUCACCAAUGCUCAACUCAAUCAGCAUCUCGUAAGCACAAAGGCAGCUUAUUCCGCCCCUCUCAACUAA